AUGGCUUUGAUAGGAGAGGCUCUUAUCUCUGCUUCCGUCCAGGUGUUGUGCGACAAAAUUACUUCAGCCCUGUUUGUCGACUUAUUUUGGCACAAGAAACUUGACAAACCACUCCUCAUGAAACUGAACAACACAUUGUUGACCUUGAAUGUAGUGCUUGAUGAUGCAGAGGACAAGCAAAUUGUAAACCCUGCUGUGAGAAAGUGGCUUGACGAGCUCAAACAUGUUGUCUUUGAUGCGGCGGACUUACUGGAUGAGAUUGACACCGAAGCUUUGCGACGCAAGCUCGAAGGUGAAGAUCAAACCCACAAAUUAACCAAUAAGGUGUGGAACUUCCUCCCUUCUUCUCGUAAUCAUUUUUAUCAAAGUAUGAAUGUUAAGAUACAAGAGUUGUUACAAAGAUUAGAGAGCUUUGUACAACAGAAAAGUGCUCUGGGUCUUAGAGAAGGUGCUGGGAGGCAGGUUUCACAAAAAACUCCAACAACCCCCUUGGUUCUUGAACCUUGUGUAUAUGGUAGAGAUGAAGUCAAAGAAAAAUUAUCCAAAGUGUUGCUAUCUGAUAAUGCAAGCAAAGAUGAUGUGUCUUUCCUCACCAUUGUUGGAAUGGGCGGGGUUGGCAAGACAACCCUUGCUCGAAUGCUUUACAAUGACGAUAAUGUGAAAGGGCAUUUUACACUUAAAGCUUGGGCUUGUGUUUCAGACUACAAUGAUUGUAUUAAAAUUACUAAAACUCUUCUUGAGGCAGUCACUUCAAAGCCUUGUAACACGGAAAAUUUGAAUUUGCUUCAAGAAGAUCUAAGGGAGCAACUGAGAGGAAGGAAAUUCUUAUUUGUGUUGGAUGACCUAUGGAAUGAGAAUAAUCAGGAUUUGAACUACGUUAGAGUUCUUUUUAUUACUUUAGGAACAAGGGGAAGUAAAGUCAUCAUAACAACACGGAACAAAAAUAUAGCAUCUGUCAUGCAAAAUGUUCCUAUUCAAUAUUUGGAACCACUGUCACCGGAGGAUUGCUGGUUAUUACUUUCAAAACAUGCAUUUGGAAAUGAAAAGUGUAGUGCACAUCCAAACUUGGAACGCAUUGGAAAGCAAAUUGCACUCAAGUGCAGAGGGUUGCCUUUAGCUGCACAAACACUUGGGGGUUUGUUACGUUGUAAUAUAGAUUCCGAGGAGUGGAAUAGAAUCCUAAAUAGCAGUAUUUGGGAGCUACAAUUUGAAACAAGUGACAUUAUUCCGGCUCUAGCAUUGAGUUACCAUUAUCUCCCCGCUCAGUUAAAACUGUGCUUUGUUUAUUGUUCAAUUUUUCCAAAGGAUUAUGAGUUUGAAAAGGAAUAUACUAUUCAAUUAUGGAUGGCAGAAGGUUUAAUUCCACAAGUUGAGAAUGCAAAUAAAAUGGAAGAGAUGGCUCAAAAUUACUUUGAUGAGCUAUCAUCACGUUCGCUACUUCAAAAGUCAAACAAAUCUGGUUUCACAAUGCAUGACCUCAUUAAUGACUUGGCUAUGUUCAUGUCUAGGGGAUUUUGCCUUCGACUGGAAGAGAGGGAAUCACUUAAAGUUGAAAGAGUUCGUCAUUUGUCAUAUGCUAGGGGAGAAUUAGACGUUGCUCCUAAAUUUAAGCCAUUAUAUGGGGCUAAGAGUUUGCGGACCUUCCUUCCUACCUCUUUAGAUCCAUAUUGA